UAUCUAUAGUUGCGAAACAAACAUGCAGUUUGAAAGGGCGCAGCGCUAGUGGAUCUGAACAACACUAUGCAACUACUUCAUCUGGUCAUUGCGGUAAAGACACUAUUAUGUGUCAGUGACAGUUACACCAUCAGAAGCUCGGUUUCAUGGGGUGUCACCAAUGAUGUGGUGGACGAAGAGCUGGACACGCACUCGGACGAGGCGCCCGCUGUGCUCGUCGAUAACAUCGGGAUCUGGAAACAAGCCUAUCCGUCCUCUGUGUACAGGGACGGUUCAGAGAAGAAACCUGAGCAGAUAUCGAAAAGCGAGGAUGUGUCAUCCGCGUCCCGUGUGUUCUCAUACCGCAUGGAGGAGGUGAAGGCGCCGUCCAGCGUUCCAACGCCUCCGCCGCACGAGGACACGGCGAGGGUAGCGCGAUAUAUGGCGCAUUACAGCGACUGGGGUCACCUGGCAACCAUCUCCACGCAGGAACAGAUCAAAGGACUUCCAUUUGGCAACAUCUUCUCUGUCAGUGACGGUCCAGCUGACAACAGCACUGGCGUUCCUUAUUUUUAUGUCACACCGAUGGACAACACUGUAACGGAUCUUCGCAGCUUCCCUUAUGCCUCCUUAACGUUUUCUGAGGCAGAGGGUGAUUUUUGCAGGAAGCAGGUUUAUGACCCUGAGGACCCCAGAUGUGCAAGGCUCACUUUGACUGGUAAAAUGGUGGAAGUGGGACCAGACGAGCUUGACUUUGCCAAGGAGGCCAUGUUCUCCAGGCAUCCUGUUAUGAAGAAGUGGCCCCCUGGACAUAAGUGGUUUUUCAUGAAAUUGGUUUUGCAGCAAGUUUGGCUGCAGGACUGGGUUGGAGGAGUCUCUGUCAUUACGCUUGAAGAAUAUUUCAAAGCGACACCUUUCUGAGAAUAAACGGCAGCAUCCUAUAAUGAACAAGGUACAAGCAGAACUGAACUGAUUAUGGACAGAAGGAGGUUAUGUUUUUGUUACAAACUACUUCCAACUAGUGGUUUUUGUAGUGGCCAUGAUACCGGUUCAGUGCCUCUGGAUUUUGUUCCUAACGUGUUCCUGAGGAUUUGUUGAAUGUAUGAAUUAUUUUCAAGGAAGCCUAACAUUAUCAAUCGAAUAAUUCCACAGUUACUUAAAGUGCCCCUAUUAUGCUAUUUUAAAGAUUUCCUAAUUUUGUUUUGGAGGCAUGCAUGCAUCCCAGGUAAAAAAAAAAAACACUUUAAUUUCAUUAUUCAAAUGUGUAGGUUUGUACAGGAAGUAAGACU